AAGUCUGCGGUUGCUUAGAAACCGGGUCGUAAACAUUUUGGAAGUGUUCGUAAUUAGCCAGAAGAAAACAACAACAACACAUUCCGUCAGUGAACAUGUCAAAGUUUGGUAACAGCUUCACUCAGAGAACCUUUGAUAAACCGACCCACCUGGCACAGACUGAGGAGCCGUGGAGUCGCCUCCAUGACGCAGCCACGCUGGCGAGCUCCCUGCGGAGCGUCACUCACGAAAAGCGUCAGUGUCAGGUUACAAACGACAGCCUGGACUUCCACCUGAAGUCCGUCUAUGAUCACCACAAAGACUUCUUCUGGCACAAGAACCAGGUUUUAUACCAGAGGGAGACCGUCUCUGACCAACACAGGAAGCAGGAAAACAUACUGGAACAGGAACAAGAAAGCGACAUCAGAGUGUGGGUGGAUCCACAGAGACGCUCCAUCUACAGCAUCAAGUGAAGCUCAGGCUUUUUCAAACAAGGUUGAUGGCAGCUUCUACUCUACAGUAUUUCUCUCUCUGACUACUAUCAACAUGAGAGCUCUGUCAAUAAAACAAGUUCUUUAACUG